UUCACUGUAUUCUCGUCUUUUGUGAACGUAACAUUUCAUUAUUUUAUAUUGUUAUUAGUUAAAUAUAAUGCCUCCAAAAGAUCCGGAAUUAAUUGCUCUUAGAAAAGAACUAGAAGAUUUAAUUGCCAAAUGUCAGCAAGACCAAAAAAGCAAACAAGACAAAACCAUUGAAGAAAUAUCUAAUGGAAUGGCUGAUGUGCCAAAGUGCAAAUUGGCCACUAAGAAAAUGCUCAAAGGACAUAUUAAUAAAGUGAACUCUGUCCACUAUAGCGGCGAUAGUAGACAUGCUGUUUCCGGAUCGCUGGACGGCAAACUUAUCAUAUGGGACACAUGGACCGGUAAUAAAGUACAAGUUAUACCAUUACGUUCAGCCUGGGUUAUGUCUGUGGCCUUUGCACCGACGGGCAAUUUUGUCGCUUGUGGAGGGAUGGAUAAUAUGUGCACUGUUUACGACUUAAAUAAUCGUGAUUCGAACGGAGGAGCAAAAAUGAUACGUGAAUUAUUGGGUUACGAGGGUUUUCUGUCGUCGUGUCGAUUUGUCGACGAUAAAACCCUAAUCACCGGAUCUGGAGACAUGAAACUUUGUAUGUGGGACUUAGAAGCUGGUAAAAGAACAAAUGAAGUAGAAGCCGCUCACUGUGGAGACGUCGUGUCCUUGUCAUUGGCACCGGAGGACCAAAAUAUUUUCGUGACGGGCAGCGUGGACAAGACUUGUAAAUUAUGGGACCGCAGGGAACUGAAGUGCAAACAAAUGUUUUUCGGACACGAGGCUGACGUGAAUUCUGUUUGUUUUCAUAACAGUGGAUACGGAUUUUCUACAGCUUCGGAGGACAAGUCCGCACGUCUAUACGAUAUUAGGUCUGAUCAACAAAUUGCUAUGUACAAACCACCAAAUUCCACUUCAGGAUUCACUUCGUGUGGUCUAUCGGUGUCUGGUAGGUUUCUGUUGGCUGGUAGCGACGAUAACUCGGUUCAUGUGUGGGACACGAUGAAAGUCCAACACAAUGGUACUUUGAACGGACACGAAAACAGAGUGACUUCACUGAGUGUAUCGCCGAAUGGUAUGUCCGUGGUCACAAGUUCCUGGGACAUGAACGUACGUGUUUGGGUUUAAACGUGGAAACUGUUAUGAAACCUAUAUGAUCACCUAAUACGAAUAGUGUUAAUUUCACCUAACUAUAGGUAGAUACAAUAAUAUAACAUAAUAUAUGUAUUAUAUAUAUAUAGUUACACUAUACAAUUAUUGUAUUCGUUUAAACAAUUAAAAUCCAAUCAAAUGAUGUUUUGUAAAAUAUCAGAAAACUGUUUAAUAGCAUGCUUAUUCAACGAUAACGCGACCGUAAUACAUUUCAUCAUUGUCACGCUUUCCAUCCUCUCUAGUCUCUACUUUAGUGAAUAUAAUUAUAUGGUAUUGCGAAAAAAUAAAAUAAAAUCUUUCAUUGUACCUAUUUGUAACUAUUAACUGUCAGUUUAUAGUGUGUUAAAGUCGUGUUACUGUUACACAGUGUUAUUUUUUUUUAAAUAUUGAAUACAAUACAUUUAUUAAGUGAAGUAUUAUGAUUUUAAGUUGUAUUAAUUUUUGUUUAUUUCUUCCCGUUUAUAUUAACUUCAUAAUUUAUUUUGGUCAGUAUUGGUUCAUAAUAUUACAGAUAUUUAUUCAUUAAGCAUAAAUUUUAUCUUAAGUGAAUAAUUAUUAAUUAUAAUGUUAAAUAUUAAUUAUUAUUUAAUAUUGAAGUAGGUAUAUACUAUAUAAUAUUAUGUAACCAUGAUAUAACCAACUAUAGUGAUGUAUCUAACACUUAAACACUGUAUUUACUCAUCGCCCGAUGGUAGGUAUGUCGUAUGUACCUAUUUUCAUUGUAUGUUAUCCAUUAUUAUCAAUUUACCUAUUUACAUAGGUAAUUCUUUGAAAGAUUCACAUUAAUUUUCUCAAAAAGGUUUAUUACGUUUUUGAAUUAAGCAGAAUAUUUUGCUAACAUUUUCAAUAUAUAUAAAUCGAAUUAAGAUGAGUAAUUAAUUAAUCAUAUAAUAUAUAACUUAUAAGUUAUAAUUAUUUAAAGUAGGUACUAAUGAGUGAUGGGAAGAAUAGUGGAAUGUAGAAUAUAUAUUUUGCGGGGACUAGCUGUACUAUUUCACUCCGCUAUAAUUAGGUGAAACUUUGAAUGUAACCUUAUUAAACUACUCUAUUUAAAUUCAAUUUUUAUGUAAUUAUUGGAAUUGUAAGAAAAUCAAUAUGCUUACUGCUUAAGAAUUUUAUGACGUUAAAAAAUAAAAAUGUAUGGUACCUAUUAUUCAAACAAGUAAAAAUAUAUAUUUUUGCAGAAACGUUGUUUUGUAAUGACUUCAAAUUAUGUAAAGGAAAAUAUUUACAAAAACUUUAAUUGUUUUAGAGAAAAUUAGUGUUUACCUUUAAAAUUACCUUGCCCCUUAGAUACUUAUAUAAUAUAAUAUCUAUAAUAGGUAUAGACUGUCUUAUAAAUUAAUAAAUUAAUAGGUAUAUAUAAUAUAUUAUGUCCAUCUUGAUUUAUGGUUUCUGUGUAGCAUAUUAUUUAUACCUAUAUCUAAUUAACGAAAUAAGUACUUAGGUACUUCUAGGUACUUCGUAGUUUCUUACAUAUAAUAGCGGUGUAUAUUCGUAUAUAAGGCCAUAGAAGGGGGAAAAACCUGUAUUGAAAUUUCAGAUUUAUUUAAAACAUACCUAUAUCAUAAAUCAUAAUGUAUGUAAUAUGUAUAGGGUUUUAAAAUUUCAUGAAUUUUUCAUGAAAUAUUUCAUUUUGAUGAAAAAUAAAAAUAAAAUGCUUAUUAUACCUAUAA